GAAGCGCUGUAUCCGGAAUUGUCUCUGUCAUGUAAAUAUACGGUAGGGUGUAUUGACACUGUAUUUAGUCGAAUAAUCCGGACGUGUUCUUGUUUGAUCUUCAAAUAUCCAUUUUAAAAUCAUGGUUAAUAUAAAGUUAUCCAUACGCUGCAGAAUUGGAGUCGAGUUUUUCGAGUAUUUGAAGGAAAGUGAUCGAGCAUCUAUUACAGACAGAUUGGAACUAAGAGACAUUUACAACAACGAGUUCAGGACCAGGAAUGCAUUGACCAAAGAUCCAAACUUCGGUUCAGUUCUCUACGCCCUGAAGGUGUCCAACAAAAUAACAAGACGAAAGGAAAAUAUUCGCUUCAACUCCACGGUCACAGCUCUUUUUCUGGACCAGUGGCAUUCACCAAAUAGACGCCAGCCAGAACCAGUCCAAAAUGAAGCAGCCAGUCCUGGGACAGUUGAGACCUUUACCUCUGCAGAUCAGGCAAUAACGGGAGUUCGAGCCAGAAGGCAACUCGCAAGUCUUCUGAUGACCAGUCUAAAGAAAGACAGGAACAAAUUCAUCUCUGACAAACAUGGUGUCCGCGUUGACACUGACACUGAUCAGUUCGAGAAUGGGAAACUUUGCCUGCGUGUUGAUGGCACAUGUGAGUGUGUGGUAAAUCUGAAGGUGGAAAACACUGGUACAGAAUCUGUGUAUUUCACCUACUACACCCCGCUGCACUGGCUCAGGGACUUCAUGCUGAAGGAUGAGCUCAACGUCACCAAGAAAAACCCUCUGUGUCUUAAACCAGGUGCCAGUUAUAACAUCCAGGUUCACUUCCGCUGCAGCUUGGUUGGUUUCUAUCCAGCUACACUGGCCUUUGAAUUCAAAGAAGACCUGCAGUCUUCCGCUACGUUCCACAUAGUGCGCUUUAUCGAAGCGCAGUGUGUAACUGCCCUAGGACUGGAGCUGGCACCUAUUGCACCCUACAAACCUCGCUCCCUCCCCGCCUGGACUCCUGAAGAGUACUUCCUGAUUGAGGAUGGACAGAAACCUGAAGGGCUGUCAGUGAUGAAGCUCAAAAAUGUGAUUGAGCUGAAACAGUAUAAAAUACCACCAUACAUGAGCCAGCUCAUCCAGUCACUGAAGCAGCGUUACGUCUAUGAUAAAAGGGCCUUGCUUGAAAGUCCCCUGAGCUGGGAAAACUACUCUGAGAAGUUUCAGCUGCUGCUGUAUCUGGAGGAACUGCAGAUGGAGGUGGACAUCAAGAGAUACAACAUCCCUAACAGCGAAAAAGAACACACCACCAUGUCAAGAGACAAGACCAACAAGAAGCUCCUUAUUCUAGAGGUGCCCGGUGUGGCUGAGAACCGCCCGUCUGUGCUCCGAGGGGAUUCCCUGCUGGUGUACCCUGCAGGAGAAAAGAAGGUGAAGUACCGUGGUUAUGUCCACAGUGUGCAGCUGGACAGGGUCAGACUCGGUUUCAGCUCAAAGUUGCUGGAUCACUUCAUAGAUAACAUGAAGUUCAAUGUUGAGUUCACUGUCAACCGCCUCACUGUGCGUGUUCAGCACAGAGCGGCAGAGCUGGCAACUGCUUUCAGACUGGGAGAGGUGUUGUUCCCCAUUGCACCCGCUGACUCCUCCCAGCAAACUGAGCUUCCCGAACUCAGGCUUUUUGACCGCCAGCUGGAGAAAAACCAAGAGCAGUAUAAGGCCGUACAGCACAUUGUGGCUGGCUCAUCCAAACCUGCCCCAUACCUGGUGUUUGGCCCACCUGGAACAGGCAAAACUGUGACUGUGGUGGAGGCAAUCAAGCAGAUAGAGAAGACACAGGCCUCCUGCCACAUCCUGGCCUGCGCCCCCUCCAACAGCGCUGCUGAUCUGCUCUGUAAGAAGAUUCUGCUGCACGUGGAUGAGCGCAAAGUGUUCCGCAUGUACGCCAGCAGCCGUGACCCAGAUUAUGUCCCUGAUGAAGUAAAAGCCUGCUCUAACCUGGUAGGGGACAGUUACCUUUAUCCUGCUAAAGAGAAGUUGAUGGAGUAUAGGAUCAUGGUCACCACUCUGUUAACAGCUGGAAGGCUGGUCACAGGAGACAUACCUGAUGGUCAUUUCACUCACGUGUUUAUCGAUGAGGCAGGACACUCUGUGGAGACUGAGAGUUUAGUCCCAUUGGCAGGGCUGCUCGAUGCAGAGACGGGUCAGGUUGUCUUGGCAGGAGACCCCAAACAGCUCGGCCCCAUCCUCAGAUCUCCUUUUGCGAUGAAACACGGCAUGGGGUUCUCCCUCUUGGAGCGCAUGAUGAAAAAUUGCUCUCCCUACCAGAAGGUCGAAGGCGAGUAUGACAAUCGCUUUGUCACCAAACUGCUGAAAAACUACAGGUCCCAUCCUGCCAUUCUGGAAGUUCCCAACGAGCUCUUCUAUGAAGGAGAGCUGCUGUAUUGCGCAAAUGAAAUUCUACGCAACUCUUACUGCGGAUGGCAAUACCUCAAGAACAAGAACUUCCCGGUGUUGUUCCAUGGUGUGACCGGUGUUGAUGAGCAGGAGGGCAACAGCCCUUCAUUCUUCAAUGUAGCAGAGGUGGAGGUGCUGAUGGACUAUGUAACAAAACUGCUGGAGACUCAUGGCAAGAAGGGCCUGGCUACCAUCGCACCCAGCGACAUUGGCAUCAUUGCCCCCUACAGGAAACAGGUGCAGAAAAUCCGCAAGGCCCUGACAAAAGUUGCGAAAGACCUUAAAAUACACAGGAUGGAAUAUCUAAAGGUCGGUUCGGUGGAGGAGUUCCAAGGGCAGGAGAGGAGAGUGAUCCUGGUGUCUACUGUGCGGAGCAGUCCGGAUUACGCAGAGGUAGACAAACAGUUCAACCUCGGCUUUGUGAAGAAUGAGAAGAGAUUCAACGUGGCUGUGACUCGAGCUAAAGCCCUGCUGAUCGUGGUGGGAAACCCAAGAGUGCUGAACACUGAUGCUACCUGGUCCCGGUUCAUCCAGUACUGUCGAGAUGAAGGAGGCUACACUGGCUAUGAGCACAUGGAGGAAGACGAUGAUGUGGUGCACAGACUCGCUUCUCUCUGCAUCGACAUUGGUAUUCAAGGUGACUUGCAGAUUCAUGAAUUUUCAUUAAUAUGUUACUUAAAACCAUUUUCUUUUAAAUUGAUGUCAAAACUGUCCACCUAUUUGUUUCUGUGAAUCUUUUCUUCCAAGUGGAGACUGCAGAGAGCGCCGUUCAGCAGCAUCUGGACCCCGAGUGGAGGAGCGACCUGUAAGGGAGGGGAUGCAAAAACCUCCCUCGAUUCUUUUUGCAUCGAGGUUUGCAAAAGACGUGUGCCUUCAAACAAAACAAAAAGAGCCUAAUUGGCAUCUUUUUAAAUAUCUCGUUUAUGUCAAUUUAUUUGUUUACUGUGAACUUUAUCAAGGUGACCAAAUAUAAGGACAGGGAGCUGAUAAAUGUUAAGAGCAGACCAACUGUCUAAGCUACCUCAGUGGACUUCACUCAUUCCACUUCACUUGAAGCAGCUUGUAAUAAACACAGCAAAUGAUUUUGAGACCUAAAUCUUUAGUUUUAAAUGUAAAAGGGAGGCUAUGGCGCAGUGGGAUAGUGUGCUGAUCUUCGGAUUGAAGAGGCGCAGGUUCCAGUCCCACGGCAGUCAGCUUAUCCAAAUUGCUCCUGUGGGGAUUGUCCACAGUAUCGAAUAUAUGUAAUUCGCCGUGUCUAACAUGUGAAAUAUUAUGUAUUGAGACUCAAAUAUUGAAAAAUAUUAAUUUUAUCAACCAAGUUCAGGGUUGUUGUUUAGUCUUUUUUACUGUGCUCACCAAUCACUGCUUUAAAAAUCUUUUAGGUGUUUAAUCUAUUUUGAAAUCACCAUUAUACAAUACUGCUUUAAUUUUUUUUUAAAACCAAAUAAGAAGCGUUAAUGGUCAUUUUUGAAACGGUUUUCUGAAAAAUCUGAAGUUUUCUUAUAUAUUCCAAACAAAGGUAAUUUUGCUAUUCAGAAAGUUAUAAAACCAAUGCUGGAACAUGAAUGUAAAUGCAUUUAUAAAAAGAAUAAAAGCUUUGAAAGA